UGGGUUCAUCACUGACAUCUCAGUUUCCUCUGGAGUGAGCUAGUACGAGGGCAGUCAGUGCUCACCAUUUGUUGAGCUUUAUAUCAAGGCUAAACACUAUCUGAAUGCUGCAGAGGAAUCAAAAGGCUGGUUUGGCUCAGAGCAGCCAUUGGCAACAUAUAGAUCCAGAGCCCAGCAUCCUUUGGCUGGGGUUGGCAAGUGCCAGGACUCUGCUGCCUGCCCAUCCAAGCUGGUUACUGCUGCAGUGGUAACCGGCCCCAGCUGCCCCCCUGCCCCUUUAUGAAGUGUCUCCAUAGCAACCAGGCAAUGCAAAAGCACUCUGAAGAAUCCCUGUAGCACCUCAGGGAGAAACACGUCCCAGCACACCUCAGGCUUCAAGGUGGGCAUGCCUUGGUGCUCACCAGGUAUCUACCCUCAGACAUGGAGAGGAAGAUGAGUGGUAUGGCUUGCAACAUUUUCAAUGAGCUUCGCCUGGAAAAGAAACUCUGUGAUGUGAUCAUCACUGUGGACGGUGUUGAGUUCAGUGCUCACAAGAACAUCCUUUGCACCUGCAGUGCCUAUUUCAGGUCGUUGUUUACCAGCAGCUGGAAUAACUCAGAGAAGGAAGUGUAUAAAAUCCCUGGUGUUUCACCCGAAAUGAUGAAGCUCAUUAUUGAGUAUGCCUACAACAGGUCAGUGCUGGUCACUGAGGACAACGUCCAAAGUUUGCUAACUGCUGCAGACCAGUUCAAUGUCACUGGCCUCGUCAGGCUGUGCUGCAGCUUCUUAAAAUCCCAGCUCUGCUUGCAAAACUGCAUUGGCAUCUUCCGACUCACAAGUUACUACUACCUUCCUGAGCUGCAAGAAGCAGCCUUUAUGUUCAUCCUCUAUCACUUUGAGGACGUAGCCAAGGAGUCUCCAGAGUUUGUAGAUCUCUCCAUCAGCGACCUCGAGCGCAUCAUUGAGCAGGAUGAGCUCAACGUGAUACACGAGGAGACCGUGUUCAAAGCUGUCGUGAAGUGGAUUUCUCACGACCCACAGAACAGGAAGCAGCACAUCGCAGUCUUGCUGAGCAAGGUUCGACUGGUUCUGGUAAAUGAAGAGAACUUCAUGAAAAACAUCAAAAAGCACAAUUACGUGCAGGGCAAUGAGGAGUGCAAAGCUCUCAUCAUCAGCACACUAACCUGUAUGUACAAUCUGAACGGGCAAGGCACACCCUGCUCCAAAUCUGCCAGCUUGCUCAGCCGGCGCCGACUGCCCUUUGCCGUCCUCUUUGCCAUCGGGGGCUGGAGCGAAGGGAGCCCGAUCAACACCAUCGAGACGUACGACACCCGCGCAGACAACUGGAUGACCCUCACGGAUAUGGGAGAAGAUCCCGUCGCCUAUCAUGGGGCGGCUUAUUUAAAAGGCUUCAUCUACAUCAUCGGAGGAUUUGACAGCAUGGAUUAUUUCAACAACGUCAAGCGGUUCAACCUGCUUCACAAAACGUGGCAGCAAGUCGCCCCCAUGCACGCCCGGCGCUGCUACAUCAGCGUGGCCGUGCUCGACGGCUUCAUCUACGCCAUGGGAGGGUUUGACGGGCACGUGCGCCUCAACACGGCCGAGAAGUACGAGCCAGAGACCAACCAGUGGACGCUGAUUGCCCCCAUGCACGAGCAGAGGAGUGAUGCCAGCGCCACUGCGCUCAACGGCAAGGUGUAUAUCUGUGGCGGGUUCAACGGACAUGAGUGUUUGAUGACAGCUGAGGCUUACAACCCCAUGACCAGACAGUGGUCCCUUAUAACCUCGAUGAGAAGCAGACGGAGUGGAGUGGGAGUGAUCGCGUACAGAGGCAAAGUGUAUGCGGUCGGAGGGUUUGACGGCAGCAGACGGCUUUGGAGCGCGGAAGCUUACAGCCCCGAUUCCAACACGUGGAACGAUAUCCCUCACAUGUUCAGCCCUCGCAGCAACUUCGGCAUCGAAGCGGUGGAUGACAUUUUGUUUGUGGCUGGUGGCUUUAAUGGCUUUUCCACUACGUUGACUGUGGAGUGUUACUACGACAGGACCAACGAGUGGUACGAGAUUCAGGACAUGAGCAUAAACCGCAGUGCUCUGAGCUGCUGCGUGGUGCCAGGUCUGCCUAAUGUCAGGGACUACGUCAGCAAACGAGACACCUUCAUGGAGAACUCUCCCAAGGAAAUCUGUUUGAGCCUUUCAACACGUAGCCUGUCUGAAUAA